UCCACUUUUCUGGACUGUUGGAGUUUCCCUGGAUGACUUAAUGCAUUUUUAAUAGAAAAUAAAAAUCACAGACCAUCAAGGCCGGGUAGAAGCCCGACGGGAUCAUUUCCGCUUCCGGUGACAAAGGGCAAGAGGCAUGUAAACACGGGACUACGGAGUGGCUUUCAGCAGUUCCUGAGAUUUUCCAGAAUGGCUUCCUUUGGGUGGAAGAGGAAGAUAGGUGAGAAGGUAUCCAAGGCCACGUCGCAGCAAUUUGAAGCUGAAGCUGCUGAUGAGAAGGAUGCAGCUGAGAAUGAGGAUGGGAGCUGGGCUCAUGCCAGCAAACGGAGGAAGGAAACCCUUCAGGAAGGCUGCAAACAGAAGAGCAAACAGCUGAAGGAUGAAGGCGCCAGUCUGGCUGAGAAGAAAAGAUAUCAGGAGGCAAUUCAGAAGUGGGAUGAAGCACUACAGCUGACCCCAGAUGAUGCCACCCUUUAUGAGAUGAAGUCACAGGUCCUGAUGUCCCUUCAUGAAAUGUUUCCAGCAGUACAUGCAGCAGAAAUGGCUGUCAAGCGUAACCCACACUCGUGGGAGUCUUGGCAAACUUUAGGUCGUGCUCAGCUUGGAUUAGGAGAGAUAGUUCUGGCAAUUCGAAGUUUUCAAGUAGCCCUCCACAUAUAUCCAAUGAACCCUGAAAUAUGGAAGGAGGACCUUUCAUGGGCAAGAAAGCUCCAAGAACAGCAGAAAGUAGCGCAGAGGAUUGAAAAAAAAGAAAUUCCACCGGAAGGAGCAGACAUCUCACCAGAGUCAAUCCCUGACUAUGACUUUGAAAGUGAUGAGAUUGUUGCUGUUUGUGCUGCUGUUGCAGAAAAACAGAAGUCGGUGUCUGCAAAUAAAACAAUGGUUAUUGUGUCAGCUUCUGGAACUGUGGAGAUAGUAAAUGAGAAGGAAGAGGGAUCUUCUACCCCAGAUGGCUCUGUCUUUAUCAAAGCCCGAUGAAGCAUACAUAAUGAAAGAUGUUUGAAUCUAGUUUUUUUUUUGGUUGCUACUUAAUGCUUAGAUGACAUACAGAUAUCCACUCUAGCGGAGGAGGGCAAAACUUCUGUUUGUAAACUGAGUCUUUCAGAUGAAGCAUAUCAAAAUCAAGUAGUGGAAUUACUCUUUAGUGAUUGGACUGUGCUUCUAUAAAAGCAAUGUAAACUUAAGGUGAGCAUCUUAAGUGAUGUGUUUUGACUGAUGAGCAUUUAAUUUGACUGUUGUCAGAUUACAUUUAAAGAUACAAUUUGGAAAGUGUGUUCUUGAACAGUGAUUAACUCGACAGGCAGUGUUAUUAUGAUGUAGACUUGCAGACUUUUGUUUUAUGAUAAAGGAAGUAUGUGAUUUCUUUCCCUCCUAGAAACCUGUUGUCUCUUCCAGUUUUUCUUGCUUCACUAGUGUAAGCUUAUAUGUUUGUGACAUUCAUCUUGAUUCGAAGUUAUCAAUUGGUUAUAUUUGAAAGUUUGCCUAAAAUGCAUGCAAAUGUGUGUAUCCUGAACAUUUCUUUGAGUUUUUUGUUCUAAUUUGUACUUCUGUUUUGACUUCAAAGGUAAAAAGUAGUAACUGUCUUCUUCAGUAUUUGCUACCUAUGAAUACUGACAUGUUAGAAUGAUGUUUCAUUCCAUUGUUAAAGUCGAGUCAUCUUUAUCACCUCAGUCAUUUGUAAAGGUGAAUGGCAUUUGCAGAUUGUCAGUAAAUUCUGCUCUUACAUUA